CAGAGCCUUUUGAAUGGACUGAUGUGUUCCAAGCCUGAAGACCCAGUGGAGUACUUGGAAAGUUGUUUACAGAAAGUCAAGGAACUGGGCGGCUGUGACAAGGUGAAGUGGGAUACCUUUGUCAGCCAGGAAAAGAAGACCCUACCGCCACUCAAUGGAGGGCAAUCUCGGAGAUCUUUUCUAAGAAAUGUAAUGCCUGAAAAUUCAAACUUUCCUUAUCGGCGGUAUGAUCGACUCCCUCCAAUCCAUCAAUUCUCCAUAGAAAGUGACACGGAUCUCUCCGAGACUGCUGAGUUGAUUGAGGAAUACGAGGUGUUUGAUCCUACUAGACCUCGACCCAAAAUCAUUCUUGUCAUAGGUGGCCCAGGAAGUGGAAAGGGUACUCAAAGUUUGAAAAUCGCAGAACGCUAUGGAUUCCAGUACAUUUCAGUGGGAGAAUUGUUAAGAAAGAAGAUCCACAGUACCAGCAGCAACAGGAAAUGGAGUCUUAUUGCCAAAAUAAUUACAACUGGAGAAUUGGCCCCACAGGAAACAACAAUUACAGAAAUAAAGCAGAAACUGAUGCAGAUACCUGAUGAAGAGGGUAUUGUUAUUGAUGGAUUUCCAAGAGAUGUUGCUCAAGCUCUAUCUUUUGAGGACCAAAUCUGUACCCCUGACCUGGUGGUGUUCCUGGCUUGCACCAAUCAGAGACUCAAAGAAAGAUUACUGAAGCGUGCAGAACAGCAGGGGAGACCUGAUGACAAUCUGAAAGCCACCCAAAGGAGAUUAAUGAACUUCAAGCAGAACGCUGCUCCACUGGUGAAAUACUUCCAGGAACGGGGGCUCGUCGUGACAUUUGAUGCUGAUCGAGAGGAGGAUGAGGUGUUCUAUGACAUCAGUGUAGCAGUUGACAACAAGUUAUUUCCCAACAAAGAGGCUGCAGCAGGUUCAAUUGACCUUGAUCCAUCCAUGAUGUUGGACACUGGGGAGAUCAUUGAUACCGGGUCUGAUUAUGAAGAUCAGGGUGAUGACCAAUUAAAUUUAUUUGGAGAGGACACUAUGGGAGGUGUUUUGGAAGAUUUGAAGAAGUGUAAAAUUAUUUUCAUGAUUGGUGGCCCUGGCUCUGGAAAAGGCACACAGUGCACAAAGCUGGUGGAAAAAUAUGGAUUGACACAUCUCUCGACCGGUGAGCUUCUGCGCAGGGAGCUGUCAUCAGAAACGGAAAGAAGCAAAGUGAUCAGAGACAUCAUGGAAAGAGGAGGCCUGGUUCCCACGGGCAUCGUGCUGGCACUCCUGAAGGAAGCGAUGGCAGCCAGCCUCGGCGACACCCAGGGCUUCCUGAUUGACGGCUAUCCUCGGGAAGUGAAACAAGGCGAAGAAUUCGGACGCAGGAUUGGAGAGCCACACUUGGUGAUCUGCAUGGACUGCUCGGCAGAUACCAUGACCAACCGCCUUCUCCAGCGGAGCCAGAGCAGCCCGCAUGGGGAUGACAACUCUGAGACCAUCACCAAGCGCCUGGAGACCUACUACCGCUCCUCCAUCCCCAUGAUCGCCUACUACGAGACGAAAACACAGCUACACAAGAUAAAUGCAGAGGGAACACCAGAGGAAGUUUUUCUUCAAGUCUGCACAGCAAUUGACUCUAUUUUCUGAAAGCAAAAAUGCAUGUAUGAUUAAGAAGAACGGAGACAGAAAAAUUAUUAAAGGUUCAUCUCUUCACGCAAUGUUUCAACUACUUCUUCUGCCCUCUCAAAUCCUAACAUCGCCGUUUGCUUCCCAGCUUGAACCGAGAGGUGUCUGUAAUGCAUGCAUGGUGUGUUUGCUAUUAUCAGCGCUUUUCUUUCAGACAGCUGUCUGCACUCAGAGCACGCUCAGUGUUCUAUCAUGCAGUUCGCGGUCAGAGCUCAGUGGCAGUGAACAGCAGUGUGGUGCCAGUCUGUGUCAGAACCUGCUGGAGUGACUUUCUGGUUGUACUCUCAUCAAGGUUAGCAGCCCAGAGCUUCACAUUUUCCAUCGUCUCCCCAGGGUUUUCAGGGUAUUCUCGGAUGGUACAGGGAAAAGGGGACAGCCAGGCACGGGCGUCUUCCGCCACUGGCUGUCUGCUCCUCAGCUCUCAUCCUCUCCUGGCUCAGAGUAGGGGAAGGUGGGUGAGUACUCCUUAUGGAUGCAUCGAGCAAGCAAGGUUUGAUAAGGGGGGAAAAUGAAGCUGUCUACCUCUUUCAAGACAGCAACAGUCAGGCUAGGAUUCAUUCUGAAGAGACUGGCUACUUGGAAUAAUGUCAUAAUGACUAAGAGAACAAAUUGUAUAACCUAGUAUCUUCUAUAUAUGGCGAUGCAUUUCAGAAAUUAUAAAUGAAUACAAAUGGCAAAAAAUAAUUUAAAGGCAUGAAAUGAUUCAUUUAUUAGACAAGUUUCAAAUUAUAGUUUCCAUUUUAAAUGAUCACUGUAUUGUCUUUUACAGCUUUCAUCUACUUAUCAUUGUCAAACAAGGUAAAAAUACGUGGUAAUAACAAAGUGAGGUGUGUGAGAGCGGGCAGCCAGUAAGUCACCUUCAGCAGAUUCAGAUGUUGUAUUUGCUUCAAAUGAAUCUUCCCAAAUCGUUGUAAACUUUCAUCAUAUCCAUAUGUAAACCUCUAUUUCUUUGCAUCAAGCCAGUGAAGUGUGGGUUUUCUUUUGUGCUAUCAGUUGGCAAAUUAGAGCUUAUGAUACUAAUGGCGGGACUGUUCUACUCAGUCACUACAAAGGGCCAUACUGUCAGUUUGCAUGAUUUUUUUUUUAAAUGAUUGUGCAGAUAAGAACCCAUUUCUGGGACAGAACUGUAUUUUUAAAGUCAUUUUCUUGAAAUGGAUAUGUACAAAUAAAAUAAAUGGAAUAUAGGAUAA